UUGCACGGACGGCUAUUCUGAGUCAUGCUGGUGACCAUCCUUCUGGCGACGACGACGCUAGCGUCGAACAUCGAGGCUGGAGCAGGUAGGCCGACACUUCAUCGGGCGUCGAAUCGACACAAGCUUACUUCCGGGCCCGGAAGUCAUUAUGCGUGCACGCGUGAAACCGCCUCUAUCGCCCGCAGACCCACCUCGACUUCACCCCUUCGCAUUCCCCAAGGAUCAUCCGCUGGGACAGGCCAUCGCCGUCACCUGCAUCGCCAGCCAAGGCGCGCAGCCGCUGCAUUUCGAGUGGCUCAAAGACGGCCGACCACUGCCGGUUGAGGGACGCAAAGCCAUCUCCAAGAUGGUCACGGCAACGGUGUCCGUCCUCACCCUGCUCGACGUCGGUGCCGAGGACGUCGGAAACUACACGUGCACCGCCACCAACGCCGCGGGAAGCGACGGCUUUACGGCAGAGCUCGUGGUUGCCGGUGGGUCGCAGCAAAGUUUUACCUUCGCAUUUUUUACAGCCGCGGCAGCGUUCUUUCUAGAGAAAUGAAUGAAAACACACUG